UCCUUAAAAUAGACGACAUCAUCAGCAACAGAUGCUAUAUUUAUUAGCCAAUGGCAAACGAUGAGAGCACAUGACAGACUUUAUUUCAGCAGGUAGACGAUUGUUGUUUGACUUUUCACAAAGACUGUUAAGAGAUUUGAGAAUAAGUAUGAAUUCCUCUUUGACAUCAUCUACACUAUUAAUUGGCCUCAUCAGCCUAUUAACUUGCCUACCAGAAAGCUUGUCUACGACUACAACACCUGAACAAAACGUUCCUCAAACUUGUAAUAUGUGCUGUCACGGGCCACCUGGACAACCUGGGAUCCCUGGAGUUCCUGGAACACCUGGAGGAUUUGGUCCAGCUGGACCACCUGGUAGUAAAGGUGACAGAGGUGAGUUUAUUAAAGGUGAAAGAGGAGAUAAAGGUGAAAAGGGAGAACCCGGGAAUGAAGGUCUAAAAGGUGAUAAAGGAAACGAAGGACCUCCUGGUAAACAAGGUCCACUUGGACAAAGAGGACAACCAGGACCUCAAGGAAACACCGGAUCAAAAGGAGAAAAAGGUGAACCGGGAUUGCAGGCGCCACAAGUCCGUAAAUCUGCGUUUACUGCAGUACGCACCACUCACGUGCCAACUUCAGAAUCGACCAUUCUAUUCACAUCAAUGGAGAUUAAUGUCGGAGAAAACUUCGAUAAGAAUACUGGAAAGUUUACAUGUAGAAAUUCCGGUUAUUAUUAUUUCAUGUUUAGUUUUUUGUCGUACAGUGAUUCUUCUGCAUGGGUUAAAAUGAAGUUAAAUGGGCGAGCACUCACAUCUGUACAUCGUAGUGACCGUGCUGGACAUGAUCAGUUAAGUUCUGGAGUAACAGUUCAAUUGGAUGUCGGCGACGAAGUCUGGUUGACGAACGAAGGAAGACAAGUUUAUGGUAAUUCCAACCACCCCUUGACCUUUACUGGGUUUAUGAUAUACGGAAUGAGAAGACCAUUGCGAGAAUUGAGAAUAAGUAGGAUGGAUUCAUCUUUGACAUCAUCUGCACUAUUAAUUGGCCUGAUUAGCUUACUAACUUGCCUACCAGAAAGCUUGUCUACGACUACAACACCUGAGCAAAACAUCCCUCAAACUUGUAACAUGUGCUGUCAUGGGCCACCUGGACAACCUGGGAUCCCCGGGGUUCAUGGAACACCUGGCGGAUAUGGUCCAGCUGGGCCAUCUGGUAGUAAGGGUGACAGGGGUGAAUUUAUUAAAGGUGAAAGAGGAGAUAGAGGUGAAAAGGGAGAACCCGGAAACGAGGGUCUAAAAGGUGAUAAAGGAAGCGACGGAUCUCCUGGUAAACAAGGUCCACAUGGACAAAAAGGGCAGCCAGGACCUCAAGGAGAGACUGGAUCAAAAGGAGAACAAGGUGAACCAGGAUUGCAGGCGCCGCAAGUCCGUAAAUCUGCGUUUACUGCAGUACGCACCACUCACGUACCAACUUCAGAAUCGACCAUUCUAUUCACAUCAAUGGAGAUUAAUGUUGGAGAUGACUUUGAUAAGAAUACCGGAAAAUUUACAUGUAGAAUUUCCGGUGUGUAUUAUUUCAUGUUUAGUUUUUUGUCGUACAGGGAUGCUGCUGUGUGGGUUAAAAUAUGGUUAAAUGGGCGAGUGCUCACAUCUGUACAUCGUAGUGACCCUGCUGGACAUGAUCAGUUAAGCUCUGGAGUAACAGUUCAACUGAAUGUCGGUGAUGAAGUUUUCCUGACGAACGAAGGUGGGAGCUACCGGGUUUAUGGUAGUUCCAACCACCCUUUGACCUUUACUGGGUUUAUGAUAUACGAUAUAAGCAAGGUUGAUCAGAAAAAUAUGGAAAAAUCUACGGGAAAAGGGAAAACAAGUGCAGUUAGUUCUAGCCAGGCUGAGACAGGUGGUUCAGUUGGUGUUGAGAAUUGCGACGGCGGGAGAGCUGACCAAACGCUAAUUGCUAUUCAUAAGCAGCUUGAGAACAUAACUGUGCAGCUACAGAAAUUGGACACAAUUGAAACUAAACUCAAUUGCUUUGAAAAAAGAAUGGAUACCAUAGAGAAAACUGUAAGUAAAACUAAAAUGCAGUGUUCGUUAUUAGAAGACGGUGUCCAAGAAUUAGAAAAAAUCUGUCGAAGAAAACAAGCACGAAAUAGAAUCUGUAAAAAUGGAUAUGGUCGAAUCAGAGGAAGUGCAAUAAGUAUGGAUUCAUUGUUGACAUCAUUUGCACUAUUAAUUGGCCUGAUCAGUUUAGUAACUUGCCUGCCAGAAAGCUUGUCUACGACUACAACACCUGAGCAAAACGUUCCUCAAACUUGUAAUAUGUGCUGUCAUGGGCCACCUGGACAACCUGGGAUCCCCGGAGUUCCUGGAACACCUGGAGGAUAUGGUCCAGCUGGACCAUCUGGUAGUAAGGGUGACAGGGGUGAUUUUAUUAAAGGUGAAAGAGGAGAUAGAGGUGAAAAGGGAGAGCCCGGAGUUAAAGGUCUAAAAGGUGAUAAAGGAAGUGAAGGAUCUCCUGGUAAACAAGGUCCACAUGGACAAAGAGGACCACAAGGACCUAAAGGAAACACCGGAUCAAAUGGAGAAAAAGGUGAACCAGGAUUGCAGGCGCCACAAGUCCGUAAAUCUGCGUUUACUGCAGUACGCACCACUCACGUCCCAACUUCAGAAUCGACCAUUCUAUUUACAUCAAUGGAGAUUAAUGUCGGAGAAGACUUCGAUAAAAAUACCGGAAAGUUUACAUGUAGAAUUUCCGGUUUCUAUUACUUCAUGUUCAGUUUUCUUUCGUACGGUGGUUCUCCUGUGUAUAUUAAAAUGAAGUUAAAUGGGCGAAUAAUCACAUCUGUGCACCGUAGUGACCCUGCUGGAAAUGAUCAGUUGAGUUCUGGAGGAACAGUUCAACUGAAUGUCGGAGACGAAGUCUGGUUGAUGAACGCAGGUGGGAGCUACAAAGUUUAUGGCAAUUCCGAAUUUCCUUUGACUUUUACUGGAAUAAGUAUGGAUUCAUCUUUGACAUCAUUUGCACUAUUAAUUGGCCUGAGCUUACUAACUUGCCUGCCAGAAAGCUUGUCUACGACUACAACACCUGAGCAAAACGUUCCUCAAACUUGUAAUAUGUGCUGUCAUGGGCCAUCUGGACAACCUGGGAUCCCCGGAGUUCCUGGAACACCUGGAGGAUAUGGUCCAGCUGGACCAUCUGGUAGUAAGGGUGACAGGGGUGAGUUUAUUAAAGGUGAAAGAGGAGAUAGAGGUGAAAAGGGAGAACCCGGAAACGAGGGUCUAAAAGGUGAUAAAGGAAGCGACGGAUCUCCUGGUAAACAAGGUCCACUUGGACAAAGAGGGCAGCCAGGACCUCAAGGAGAGACUGGAUCAAAAGGAGAACAAGGUGAACCGGGAUUGCAGGCGCCACAAGUCCGUAAAUCUGCGUUUACUGCAGUACGCACCACUCACGUACCAACUUCAGAAUCGACCAUUUUAUUCACAUCAAUGGAGAUUAAUGUUGGAGACGACUUUGAUAAGAAUACCGGAAAAUUUACAUGUAGAAUUUCCGGUGUGUAUUAUUUCAUGUUUAGCUUCUUGUCGUACAAUGCUGCUCCUGUGUGGGUUAAAAUAUGGUUAAAUGGGCGAGCGCUCACAUCUGUACAUCGUAGUGACCCUGCUGGACAUGAUCAGUUAAGCUCUGGAGUAACAGUUCAACUGAAUGUCGGUGAUGAAGUAUGGCUGACGAACGCAGGUGGGAGCUACCAGGUUUAUGGUAAUUCUCAUCACCCUUUGACUUUUACUGGGUUUAUGAUAUACGAUAUGAACUAAUAAUUGAUAAAAUUUGUAUUGUAGAUGAUUGCAUAUGAGUAAGGCUAUUGUUCUGUAGAUUUUCAUCGGGGAAAGUCUUUAACAAAAAAAAAAUAUUAUUCUUUAGUUAAAUUAUUCAUUUGUUUGAAAUUAAGUAAACAAGUAUGUCGAGACAGCAGUUGGAAUAAUAAGCAAUUUGUAUAAUAGUACAGUUCAGUAUGUACAAAUAGAAUGAACAUACUGUAAUAAUCAAAGACGUAGAUUUACGUAAUUAUAUAAAAUGGUAAUAUGAUCUAACAAUAUAAUCAAGUACUAUUUAGGAAUCUAAAGGGGUUUUUAUAAAGCAUUCUUAUUGGAAAUUAAAAACCUAGAUACAAUUAUAUCAUUUUCAAUGAAAAAUACACAGGAUUUAUUAAACGAGGAGAGGAGGUACCAAUUUAAUAUACUGCGGCCACAGGUGGGCAUAAAAAUCGGUCGGAGGGCCAAGACGAACUUCUGAUUUAACACCGAGGGCCGCAUUCAAACUGAUCUUUCCAGUGCGCUUCUAAACCUCCAAGCACUGCUUUUCAAACUGAUCUUUCCAGUGCGCUUCUAAACCUCCAAGCACUGCUUUUACAUAUAAUAUUACUUUUUACAUGAUCGGUGUCAGGCCGUAAAAACAAUGUUUUCUGGCCAAUGCUGCUUGGCAGGCCGCACACAAGGUUUUUAUUUCGUAUUCGCGGGCCGCAAAAAAAAUCGCUGUCAGGCCGCAUGCGGCCUGUUAUAAUUUGGUUACUACAGUAUAAAUAUGUGGGUUCAGUCAUGACACAAAUGACACAACAUACUCUCUAUUUUUGACGCAAACAACAUGACCGUCUUCUAUUCGCACUGCGUCCACAUACGGCCAUCAGUAGGCUUGUAACACGGCAAGCGGGCAGCACUUUGCCCACCUGUAAUGUAGGCCGAGAUGUAAUAUAAUUAUGCAGAUAAAUAAGUAUCCAAUAAUGAAAAAAUGGUAUGAAUCGUGUUCAGUAUGAUAUUUUGUAUUUAUUUUUGUACAUAAAAAGACAGCCGUGGCAAAACCAGGAGAACUGUCCCUCUCCCUAAAUCUGUACCUGGUUUCCCGUCCUACUGUAAUAUGCAUAGUCAGUUUGAACUGGCAAAAUAUGUAACUAAAAGAAGGCAAUUAUUAUUAGAAAAUGCAAUUGUUCUGUUACUGGAAUUUUAUAGUCUUUGUAUAGCCAAAUAUUCUAACAUCCUAAUAAACACAUAAAACAGUAAAAA